UCGCUCGCACGCGCGCAGACCUGCGAACCCGGCAAGCUGCGCGGAGUUCGGAGCCCCUGGCCGCCCUGGCCCUUGUGGCCAGGGAGCGCCUCACGAGGUAAAGCGCUCGCCUGGCCGGCUCCUGGAGUGCUCCUGCCUUCUCGCGCCCGCCCUGGCUCCGAAUUCAGCCUCGUCACACCCGCUCCUCAGAGCCGAUGGCACAGUCCGGGCCCGGGUCGGCGACGAGGAGCCGCGCGAAAAGCAGCGCCUGGGGUUUGCUUUUUUAUUUGCGUGUGUGUAUCAUUCACAGAUGUCUACUAGUAAUAGGCAGCAUGACAAAAUGAGUCCAUGGAAACGGUUGCUAGGCUGACUUAACAGCAGCCUACGGAAGUUUUUAGACGCUUAGGUAACAAUGGAGCUACUGAACCAAUGCAGCGCCCCUUCCGGUUUCUUCAUCUCUCGCCUAGCCCAGCUUUCCCAGGGUUGCCUUUGACCCCGGAAGUGAGGCUUUCUGGGUUCCUCCCUCCCUAAGAUGGCAGCAGCCGAAGACGAGUUACUGUUACCGCGGCUCCCUGAGCUGUUCGAAACCAGCAAGCAGCUUUUGGACGAACUGGAAAUCGCAACUGAGCCCACCGGCUCCCGAAUAAUCCAAGAUAAGGUGUUCAAGGGGCUGGAUCUCCUGAAGAAGGCUGCUGAAAUGUUGUCGCAGCUCGACUUGUUCAGCCAAAAUGAAGAUUUGGAGGAGAUCGCGUCCACCGACCUGAAGUACCUGAUGGUGCCAGCAUUGCAAGGAGCGUUCGCCAUGAAACAAGUCAAUCCCAGCAAGCGUCUAGAUCAUUUGCAGUGGGCUCGAGAACACUUUUUAAACUACUUAACUCAGUGCCAGCACUAUCAUGUGGCAGAGUUUGAGCUGCCCAAAACCAAGACCAACUCAGCUGAAAAUAACACUGCUAAUUCCUCCAUGGCCUAUCCUAGCAUCGUUGCUAUGGCAUCUCAGAGACAGGCUAAAAUAGAGAGAUACAAGCAGAAGAAGGAGGUGGAGCAUAGGUUGUCUGCACUGAAAUCUGCUGUGGAAAGUGGUCAAGCAGAUGAUGAGCAUGUUCGUGAAUAUUACCUCCUUCACCUUCGAAGGUGGAUUGGUAUCAGCUUAGAAGAGAUUGAGAGCAUUGACCAGGAGAUAAAGAUCUUGAGAGAAAAAGACUCCACAAAAGAGGCAUCAACUUCUCAGUCAUCUCGUCAGGACAGGCCUCCAAUGAAACCGUUUGUUCUCACUCGGAACAUGGCCCAAGCCAAAGUAUUUGGAACUGGUUAUCCAAGUCUGGCAUCUAUGACAGUGAAUGACUGGUAUGAACAGCAUCGGAAAUUUGGAGCAUUACCAGAUCAGGGAAUAGCCAAGACAACGUCAGAGUUCAAAAGAGCAACUCAGCAACAAGAAGAUCAGGAGCGUGAGGAGGAAGAGGAUGAUGAACAAGCAGUCCGCAGAGCUCGGGAAUGGGAUGACUGGAAGGACACCCAUCCUAGAGGCUAUGGCAACCGGCAGAACAUGGGUUAGCCUCCCCACAGCAAGACAGGACAACAGGGGCUUACAUCUUCCCCGCCAAGGACAAUUGUGCCGUCUCCCCUACCCUGGUCUUCUGCUUCAGCUAUGUACAACGAAGGCAGAGAUGCUUAGUCUUGCUUAGUGUUCAAUAAAAUGUCAAGCAAUGAAGUGUGUAUUUGUGCCCUAAAUGAUAAGCCAGAAAUCUUGUUUUGGCAUUAAUCAUUCUCAUCAUGGUAUAUUUUAAUUUUCUUAAGUGGAAAGGAAAGAGGAUUGAGAAAUGGCUCUGUAUAAUCAAUCAAUGGCUGUAUGAAUUAUCUUUAAAAAAAAUAAAGGUCCCUUCUAUCACAUGCGCCUGUGCAGAAA